UCUCUCUCUCUCUCACACUAUCACUGAGCUCUAACCGCUUGGAUACAGUGCAGAGGACUUGAGGAGAGCGCUCUUUUCUUCUUCUUUGGCGUUUCCUUCCUGCCUCUCUCCCUAAUGCGCUGUUGAUUUAGAUCCUUAGGGUGAGGAUGUAUUUGUGUCAAGCUGCAAUAAAGGAAGCGUAAACAAAGAGUAAACAUUGACUGAACGGAGGAACAGGAAAGACCCUUCUUUACAGGCUCAACAAAGGUGGCUCAGCAGACAGCAGCAGCAGCAAUGUGAUUGGUUGGGUCAGAGAGCAGAUGAUGUCCUGGUCCAGCUAGAGCAGAGAAUCUCCCCUCCUGUCCUCUGUUCUGUAUGAGGACCCAAAGAUGACUGUCACCAGCCGGCAGUCCUUCAAUGUCCUGACCAUCAUCUUCCUCCUGCUGUCCACCGCAGCUCUAUCAGCUAAUUUCAGAGUGUGUGAACCGUACUCCGACCACAAGGGGCGCUACCACUUUGGUUUCCACUGCCCUCGUCUCUCUGACAACAAGACCUACAUGUUCUGCUGUCACCACAACAACACAGCCUUCAAGUACUGCUGCAAGGAGACUGAGUUCCAGACAGUCAUGCAGGUCAACCUCACCACCACCACAGAUGGCUUCAAACACAAUAACUACACAGCCCUGGUAGGAGUGUGGAUCUAUGGCUUCUUCGUCAUGGUGCUGCUAGCCCUGGACUUCCUCUACUACUCUGCCAUGAACUAUGAGCUGUGUCGGGUUUACCUGGAGAAGUGGGGCCUGGGAGGGCACUGGCUGAAGAAGGCUAGGAGCCAGUGGCACCGGCCGGUCCCAGGAGAGGAAAGUGAGACCCAGAACCAGGCCCAGGGUCACCCCAUGGCCCACAGCCACCACCACCCCAGACACAGCCUCAGAGGAGAGGGCCAGAGCCCCACGCUCCUCCCCUACCACACACCCACUGUCUGAGUGAAGCUGCAAGAGGAUGAUUGAGUAGAAGAGUAGAGCGCAGCGAUGCCGAGCAGAGGAUAGCACGGCUCAGACACCUGUCUCUGUCUGGCUGGAUUAUUGACACAGUAACAUACCACAGGGUAGCUGGCCCUGCCAGAGCUAGUGGCUAGCUAGCAGUUCCUGCUCACCUCCAUUCCUCUGAGCGCCUACACACAGGGCAAUGGAGGAUACAGUAUGACGAGACUUCUAGACUACGACGGAAGGCCCAGGUGGAUGGAGCUGCUGCUACCCAAACACUGCUAAGGAACAGGCCACAGGCACUGAAACUGACCAUGAAUACCCCUGCAUGGGCUGGGACUGUUCUAAUAAGAAACCAAUGGAAGCUUGAAGUGAACUGGAUAAAAUGUGGUUACAAACGAGGUGGCUUUGCUUGAUAUGUGUGUUUGAGUGUUGAUUGCACUUGGUUGCUGCGUGGGGUUAAAUUCAGUAGUAGUUAGAAGUCGUGGGAGUACUGUAUCUAUUGGGGAUUUAUUUAAAGUAAACUAGUCAGGGACUUUUUAUGAGUGGUAAACAUCCUAGACCUAGACGAUUCACCAUGGAGGUUGAUGCUGAGCAUCUUGAAGACCGACAACACUAUUUUGCUUCAGCGACAAGUGACCCACCUGAACCUGAAGCCUGUCUUCAGAAAAGACAGGCUUAUUAUUAAACGUAAGUUGGUGAAGUUUCCUCUACAAUUUUCACAAAUUGAUGUCCAGUCCUUGUCAUGUCAAACAGACCCAUUAGGAAUAAUGAUAAACAUGAAUAUUCAUUUGGUUCAUUUAAAUUACAAGCACCAAUGUACCAUACCGGUAAUAGCCAAUCUUAUCAGCAAUAAUGUACAGCAUUGAGAGCCCUGACCUAAAUGAGGACAUAGACUAGCUCACACACAGAGCAAUCACUGAAGUGAAUCUGAGGGUUUGCAUCCCAAAUGGCAUCCUAUUUCCUAUAUAGUGUACUACAUUUGGUAGGGCUCAGGUCAAAAGUAAUGCACUGUAUAGGGAAUAGGGUGCCAUUUGGGACACAGACCCAGGGUCUCUCUGCAGGAUAGAUGUAAUAGUCUAUGGAACAGACAUAUGUCAACAUAAUGAAACCUUACUGAACACAGUGGUCUUCCCCUUCAAGCCACCCUGUCAGCUUAGCAAUGAGCAAGAGUAGAGUCCAGACAAAAUAAUCACUUCAGUGAAAAAGAAAGGUGUUAGCAACCGCACAGGGACGGAAUAAAGCCGUGCUCAGCGCUUAACUAAUUGCUUACUUUCUGAUUGAUCCAUAAAGUACAGUCUUUGGUUCCAGGUAGAACUAUUUUGGGUUCCAUGUAGAACCCUCUGUGGAAAGGGUUCUACAUCGAACCCAAAAAGGUUUCACCUGGAACAGAACGGGUUCUACCUGGAACCAAAAGGGGUUCUUCAAAGGGUUAUCCUAUGGGGACAGCCGAAGAACCCUUUUUGGUUCUAGAUAGCACCUUUUUUCUAAGAGUGUAUACAAUGCAGUACAGGGGGUUGUCUCUCUUCACUCUACCCCAAUUCUGCAGCUGUAACCUGGCUAUCUGGCAGCUGCACAGCCAGUACAUUACGUGCAGAGAAUUCCUGGACCGUACCAACCAUGCAGCAGGCAGUACACUGCAGUGUCCUUGGUAGGGGCCAAUAAAAAGGGCGAACUAUACACAUUUCUGUUUGGGAGUUACUGAAAUUACCACCAACACUCCUGACCAGCCACUAGGCAGGAGGAGCAGCACAGCUAUCCCCCAAAUUCUAAAAGAGCAAAACUGAAAAAAUAGUUUUGUCAUCAUCUGGAUUCAUAAGUUCACUGAAGUCUGCAGGCCCCAAAAAAUACACUGGAUUUGGACAACCAUUUUACACCUUUCUGUUAUAAGAAUGACCUGGCAUUCUGUUGUAAUCAGCAAUAAAGUUCAGAUUUGGUCAGUUUGAGUUAACUUCCAUACAGUAAAAGGCUACAGUCUAAUUGCAUGGUUGCUCCAGCAGACUUGUGCCCUGUGCUGAGAUGUUUCAAAGUUUAUUCGCCACGUGCACAGGAUACAACAGCUAUAAAAUAGUACAGAGAAAUUCUUACUUGAGAGCUCUUUCCCAACAGUGCAGUAAUAAUAUAGAUAAUCAGUUGUUUUUUUUACACAAUAAGUGCAAUAUAAGUUGACUUGUACCCAGUGCUGAGAUGCGAUGUGCCCAACUGAAAUAAUUGGCCUGGACUGGCACUCUCUCUUUUCUCUCUCUCUUUUCUCUGCUGUAACAAAGCAAAGCUACUGUGAGCAGGGAGUUCCUUUUCCAUCGACAAUAUGUAGUCGUGAUAAAUAGGGAAAUGCCCGUUCCCUAGCAACCCACUGGGCACAGACGCCAGUUAAACGUCUAGUUUUGAUUUACAUUUGGUUUAGUUGUCAACUAUUGUGA